CUUCCAUUUAACAAAAACAAAAAGCUUCUCAAAUCUUUCAAAGGUUUCCAAAUUACGAAGGAUCUAAAUCAUAAUCACUAUUAAACCAUGAGUUAUCUGAACAAAGUGUGGAUGGCAGCAUCAUUCGUAGCUGUUCAAGGAAACGCCGAUCACGGCGUUAAGUUGAAAAGCGGACUCACCUCUGCUCACCGUCUCCAACGAAGACUUUCCUCCGAUCUCCGUCCUCUCGCCGCCGCAGAUCUAACCGGCGACUCUCUCCCCUCGGAAGAAAGACGUCGUACCUCCUCUUCCGCUCCCGAUGAGUCUCUCCGCCAAGUCAUGUACCUCAACUGCUGGGCUCAAGGCUAAAUUCAGAUGGUGACUCGCUUAUGAACUCGCUGAAUCAGAUUUUUCUGAUUGCAAAGUGUAUAUAGUUUGGUUCAUCUGUGAUCGCUGAUGCAAACUCUCUUGAGUUGGAUUUUCUGGAUGCAACUGUGUAUAGUUUGGUUACAUCUCUGUGAAUAUUAGAAUGUUCUAAGAGAUCAAAGCAAGUGUUCGAAUAUAUGAGAACUCUGUUC